AGUCACAAAAAACGUCAAGAAAAAAGUCAAAAUCAAUUUGUCAAAAACUACAUCAUUCAUAUAAGAUUUGAACAAUCUUUCCUGUUUUAUACACAAAUGAUUCAUUAUUUUUAAUGGAUGAAGACAAAGUUACUGAAGAACCGAAUGGAGAAGAAACAAAAAGUGUAGAAACUCGUGGGGAAAAGGACGUAAAAGUAAAUGAAGAAACAACAGAGAAACAUACAGAUCAGGAUGAUGCAGGCCCUUCAAGAGCAGUUCCACUACCAGGUUUUAUUCCAAAUAACCCGAAUCCAACUAUACCGAUAACCGCAAAGUCUAAAUCAGAACACAACAUACGCCAAAUCUUUACAAGAAUAGAUGUAGCUAACGCAUUAAAAACUAUAAGUUUCCAUUCGAGUCAAGGCAACAAAACUUUUAUAAUGAAUGAAAUAACAAUACCAAUAGAUAAAGAUAACACAGAAAAAGAUGAUGUAACAACGUUUGUUGAAUUAAAAAAGUUUAUGGCAACAUUUUUCAAAUUUAACAAAGAUUUGCCAGCAACUGUUCUAACUGAAACACCGACUAUAGUAAACGUUCAACCCAUAGUGACACCAGAAGUGCCGAACAGUAGUUGCAAUGUGCAAACCGAGUCGAUUAUAAAUGUUGCUAAUGAGGUUAUCGUGACAAACAUUGCUCCAAUAGAUGCCAAAUUACUCAAAGUUAGUUCAGAGAGUAAUAAAAAAAAGGUGUCGGGUAGUGUGUCUGAGCGUUCAGAAUAUGGAUUGGCGCAGAGGGAUUCACUAUCGAGUAUUGGUUCCAAUGUCUGCAGAAUUUGUAUGACGAGAGGACGUGAGAGAUUAAUUUCUCCGUGUAACUGCAAAGGCUCCCUGGCUAAUGUGCACCUGAGCUGUCUAGAGCGCUGGUUGAACCAAGUCGGCAGGAAUCAUUGUGAGCUCUGUGGAUUCAGUUAUCCAGCCAUAAGAACACCACGGUACACAGUCCUGCAAGCUCUGAGGUUGUGGUUCGGAAAUCCUCGGAAUAGGAGCCAUUUGCAGUCGGACUGCCUGAUUUUCUGGCUCCUAUCCACUGUAACAGCAGGCCUACUGGCGGUAUGCAUCGUUGGCACUCAAUACUUUGUUAUCGAAGGCAACAAAUUUGGUAAGCUUGACGCAAGUAGAAAAGAGGAAGGUAUAUCGCAUCGCAUCACGGAAACAGCAAUGGAUUUCUUCAUGGCUAUAGUGCUGUGCGGCUAUUCAGUCACUGUGUACUUACUGUGGAAAGACCAUUACGUGAUGUGGAACAGAUGGCGAAGGGCCAAUGUUAAUGUUCGACUUCUUCUCAGUCCAGACGCAAAUCCUGUGCCUUUUGUGCCCAGAGCGAGGUAUAACGUGGUCUGAGAAGAGUUAAACUUGAAUUCACAAGAUCAAAAUAUCUUCAUCGCCGUGAUGCGAAGAAAUGCGAAAGAUUGAUUUUUUGUUAAAACGUAUUUUUAAAUCAUUUGAAAUUAUUUAUGGUGAUUGUCAAUGGUUCUCGGCGGGAAAUGUUUGAAUCUGGAAUGUGUCAAAAAUUUCUGUAGAAAAAUCGCGAACGUAUUUUCUAUGAUAUGACAUAUGUAUCAUACAGUUUAAAAUGUAUUUAAUUGUAUCUACUAAAUGUAUUGUAACCAGUUGUAACAUUAUUUAAAAUCCGCAAAGUAUUGUGAACGUAAACUAUAAAACCGCGGGAAAAUUGGCAAAUCAUCAACGGACAGCGGUCUGUGGUGUCCCGGAAAAUUUCAUUCAAUCAUUCGUUCUCUAUACACAAUAUUUGCAUUUAGAAAUAAAUAACCAAUCUUAAUGCCAAGGGUGAUGUUGUAAUUAAACUAAUACUUAG